AUGCAUCAAACGUCAUCGCGUCUCCUGAGGAUGACGGACGACGACCGUCCGUUUACGAGGGAUUUCAAAGAUCUUUUCUCGACUCUUAUUGUCAGCCUUCUUCCCCUGACAGCCCACAGGGUACGCUUGACCAAGGUUGAGCAUACUUUUCUUUCUGAAGAUGCCAUCAACAAUCUGGGCUCGUUGAAAUUUUCUCAAUCUAACCGCAUGCCUGACCCCAAAGACCCCUCAAGGAUUGUGACUACCACCACUACCACGACCUUUUCCAUGGCUAAAGACAUGGCUAGGGCUAUUUGCCAGAGGUUUUUGGAGGCCCGUUUUAUUGAGUCAGCGGAUGGAAGGCUCCAACAGAUCUACUCGCCCAAGGGCUCCGUAUGGCAGCUUACGAGCAAGGGAAUCACCAUCCUCGACCGUUUCUGCGCAAGGAAUGGGAUCCAACAGAAACACGUUCAGGAUCUGAUUGGGAACAACGGCACGCAGUUGGUCAUUCUUGAGAGGAAUUUUAACACGGACAAGCUCGUCUCGGACAGGACCACAAUCGAGGUCAUUUUCAGGAGAUUUAUCGGCACCCACGGGCUCAACAUCAAGUCCAGCACGAGCUCGGCGGACUCGGAUUCGCUUAGCGAUUACAGGGAUGGUCUGACUGGUGUCAAGAUGGCGAGCGAACGCAAGGUGAACGGCAAGACGUUCAAGGACACCUUUACGGGAAAAGCCGCGUGUGACUGGCUCAUGGACUGCUGUACCACUGUAGACCGCCGGGAGCCUAUCGAGAUUGCGGGACUUUUUGUCCAGUUUGACUUGAUGGAGACCAUUGUUCAAGACCGUGCGUACAUGGCGCAGUAUCCUGCCGCCACUCAGUUCCAGCCCACCAAGCACUCCAUCUACCAGCUUUCGAGCCGGGGCAAGGAGAUAUUCAACGGUAGCUCAUCACGAGGAAGGUCGUCCGAGAGCGAGCCCGCCGUCCAGAACCGAAACGCCAUUCCCCGCGACUCAAACACCCAGCGCUUGGACAAGAUUCUGAGCGAUCCUGCGCUGCGACUCCUAUACCGGGAGAAUUUGCGCGAUACCCACUGCGAAGAAAACCUGUCUUUCUACGUCGACGUCGAUGAGUUUGUGCAAGGAUGCCGCAUAGCUGUGCGUGCUGCCCAAAAGAACCCUAACAGCAGCUCCAUGGAUGGCAUCAAAGAGAUCAUGGCGCAGGCUUAUGGCAUCUACAAUGCCUUCCUAGCCCCGGGCUCGCCCUGCGAGCUUAACAUCGACCAUCAGCUACGAAACAAUCUGGCGAUGCGCAUGACCAAGGCGGUUGGUCAGGACAACGCGAUGAUUGACACCCUGAAGGAGGUGACGACGCUCUUUGAAGAAGCCCAAAAUGCCGUCUUCAAACUCAUGGCUAGCGACUCUGUGCCCAAAUUCCUCCGCAAUCCCAAGUACGAGCCAACCCUAAAACAAUACGAUUUCGAUGCGGUAGCAGGUGUGCGUGCUCCCGAGCGAAGCCUGAGUCGAUCCAACCGCAGCUAG